AAACCCUUCUUCUCCGUUUUCAAACCUCACCGGAACUCACCGCAAAUCAUCCUUCUUUCUCAAACCCUAACAAUGGCGACUCUUUCUGCUCCGAAAAAUCGAAGACCCACCUGCCCAUCUUGUUCCAGACCGACCCGAUUCUGCCUCUGUACCCGAUUGAAAACCCCAAUUCUCAAUAACUCCAUAGCCGUCACCAUCCUCCAACAUAGUUUAGAGAAGAAACACCCACUAAAUUCAGCCAAGAUCGCAAUGUUAGGUCUCAAGAACGUCGAUUUAGCUUCGAUUUCAGAUGUUAUUUCUGAAGCCCACUUCGAUAUACACUUUCUCGAAUCGAAUCUCGAACUGGGUCAUGAUGAUUCAAUCGAAGAUCGCAAAAAGAUUGAAUCAUUUCAACCUGCUGACAUCAGUUUCACCAUUGAAAAGAAGGGAACUGUAACAUCUCUUACCCGUAUUUGGAACGAAAGUAAAACCCGCGAUUUCGAUGAGCUUUUGAUCGAUCGAGCUGCGAUUGAUGGAAUACGAAACGGGUUUACGGUGAAAAAGAUGCAGAGAAACAGGGAUCACGACUACGUGGGAGAAUUCAAAGUCGUAAUCCCUCCAAGAUCGGUGCUUUUGUUCCCGAGUGAGGAUUCGAUUGGCAUCGAAGAUGCAGAUUUCGAUAUCAAGAAUGUGAUCGUGUUAGAUGGAACAUGGUCUAAAGCAACAAAAAUGUAUAAGGAGAAUCCAUGGUUGAAACUAUUGCCACAUUUGAAAUUGGAUAUCGAAAAGAUGAGCUUGUACGGUGAAGUUAGGCGGCAACCGAAGGCGGGAUGUUUGUCGUCCAUCGAGAGCAUCGUUUAUGCACUUAAGGCGAUUGGGGAAGAUCUUGAAGGGUUGGAUUGUUUGUUGGACGUUUUCGAAUCGAUGGUUGUCGAUCAAAGGAGAUGCAAGAAUGAAAGAUUGGAAGCAACAUUAGAUCCAUGUAAAACCUUGUUAUGAUUUGCAAUUGAUUUUAGGGAUUGUGGUUUAAAAGUUCAUCUUAGAAAAGUGAAAAGAUUCAAUAGGUUUGUAUGUUGUUUUGAGAAUCUUGAAUGUUUGA